AUGAGAGUAAUUGUCUACUACGCGACUUUUGUCGUUAUUGUUACUGCACAGUGCCCCACGUCAUUUUUAAAGGUGACCUUUUCUUGGCAAAUUUACAAGAAUCUCAAGUGAAAUAAAAUAGCUUUAGGAACCUUGCACGUGUUUUUCAACACGCUAUGAAGCGGUGAAUAUCCUGUGCAACAAGGGCGAGGGGCUACAUGACGUUCUUGAAGCAUUAUCCAAUUUUUCAUCCAAUAUUGACAGUCUUACGAUCAGCAAUACUCCAAUGGAUCGGGUAACGUUUUAACUAUUAUGAAUUUUUUUUGUUAAUAUACGAUAUUUGCGGGCGUAGGUGGAAAAGUGUAACCGGCAAGAUUUUUCCUUAGGUCUGUUGAACUAAGAUUUCUACUUAUUCAUUCAAUUCCAAACAGAAAUUGUUAAAAAUUGGUAAAACUCGGCGGUCUCGGCAGGGUCCGCAAACACCGCGUAUUCACAUAAAUAAAUUGACUUAUUGCAUCCGCCGAAUUUUGGAAAUCGCACUCUACUGCUCAAAGAGUAAAUUCAGGGCUGAAUUGAACAUUCUUACGGAAGCAAUUGGGGGUUAACUGGGUUGUCAUGUAGGAUUUUGACUCCGUAGAUCAAAACCAGACAUGUUGAAACAGCAAUGUCCGGGAGUCUGGCCUUCCGUAGCUAUAUCGCCAGAAGUUCAAAUGAAAAACGUUUUUAAAACUAACAUUGCAGAUACCUGGAUAUGCUUUUCAAGGAUUUCGAAUAAGAAAAUUAUUCUUACGAAACAAUGGACUGCGAGAAUUUCAUCCAAAUACUUUUACCGGUUUUUUGGAAAAUUUUCUCGUUGAAUUAGAAAUCAGAGGCAAUUUGCUUGACAAAAUACCGCAGACCGGAAUUACGGUUUUAAAGCAAUUGGAAGUACUUGCCUUGCCAGGUGAGACCAGAUUCUUAAAAAUGAUAACAAAUAAGAACAUUUAAGAUAAUUUGAUAGAAUAUGUUCAAGACAACGCUUUUCUGUCAUAUCACAGUCGAAAAUCAAUUAAAAAUUUGGAUUUGAGUGCAAAUAAUUUGACAGCGAUUCAUCCGACUGGUUUCCUGGGCUUGGAAAACCUGGUCCAUUUGUCAUUGGAUAACAACUUGCUCACAGAUGUUCCUCUUAAAUCUUUGGAGAAUGUACAAACCUUAGAGGAUUUGAGCAUAAACGUGAAUAAUCUUCUCACAGUUCCCGCAAGUCCACUUCCUCUUCCCAGUUUAAUUUCUCUCAGUUUGGAAGUCAAUCAGGUUUAACCCGAGUUCAGCUUAGAAAUUAUCGAUAGUCUUUCCUCAGGUACGAGCAGUUAACUCGGAAUUCUUCUCAAUGUUAUCACAAUUAACUUAUUUAUACCUGGGUAAUAAUUACCUGACCACGAUCCAAUCUAUCCCAUUCCAUCAUAUUAUCAAAUUGAAAGUGUUGUCAUUGAGUAACAACAAAGAUAUCACUUCUAUUAGUUCUGAUGGUAAUUUUUGUUGGCCUUGCACUAAUAACUAAUCAAAUUUCCAGCUUUCGGUCAUGUGUCGAGCAUUUUACGACUAGAACUAUCAGAUUGUUCUAUUGGCUAUAUUGAUGAGGAAAGCUUUCAAAAACUGCAGCACUUACAAGCAAUUCUACUCAGUGGAAAUCAGCUCACCAAGUUAGUUACGCACAGGAAAGUUUGAAUGUUAAUGUUUCCAAUUUACAGAAUUACUUCAUCAACUUUCGCAAACCUCCCACAAUUGUCUAUAAUUGAUCUCAAUGGCAAUUCCGUAAAUUUCAAUUUUCCUAAUUGAAUUUAUUUUCCAUUUUUUGCAGAUCAACAAUAUCGAAGAUUUUGCGUUCAGUCGAUUGCCUAUGCUAACAAGCCUUGACAUCAGUAGUAAUAGAUUAGAGACACUGCCCAGCCACAUAAUUCAAAACUCGUAUACACCCAAAUCCCACUCUCAAGGAAGGAAUUUUUAUCUUCAAAGUAAGGUUUCCAAUGAGAAUCAAUAUAAAUAAUGCGUAUUUUGAGAUAAUCCGUGGCGGUGUGAAAAAGAACUUUCCUGGCUUCAACAAUGGCUUAAAGAGAAUGAAGAUGUGAAAACUUCCUCUAAUCCUUCCUCAGCAAAUUGAGUUUUUUCUUAGUACAAUUUGAAUGGAAAUCAAUGCUUUUCAGGUGUUGGACUCCGCCACAUUUGAGUGGUUUGGAUUUGAGACACUCAGAUUCUAAAUCCCCACUGAAGUUACCGUUUUCAACAGUGAAGGUUGUUUUUUUGUGAACUUGAGGAAAUUUAAAAUUGAUGAUGCCAGUUUCAGAAGAGCAAUCCCCCACAUGCGGAUGCAGGUAAUCAGUUGAGCACUUCCAACAUUUCGCACAAAGAAAUAAACGGAUUAACACUGGUUGGAUUGAUUUUAGGUACAACUCCCAUUGAAUAUUAUCUAUAACCUACUUGAUUUAGGUAUAAUUCUUGCUAUCUUUGCUGGCUGUUUUAUUCUGGGCUACGUGCUACGGUACCUGUUCACAGCAUGCGAGGCGACCACAAAAUCAAAAAUUCUUGACGGAAAUAGGAGAUGUGUCGAAAGCAGUUAUAGAAACGAAGGGACUUUGAAAUUCGAUAAUCAUAAUCACAAUCUCAAUCAUACUCAUGGUCUAUCAUCAAGCUCAAAUGAUAAUGUAUAUCUAAAUAGACCUCGACAUUGGUGGUUUUAAAAAUAUCCAUAAAUUAUUGUUUUUUUUUCUUACUAAAUUUUACAAAACAUUAUUUGCAGUGAUUCACUUAUCUCUUAUCAACGAAGAUACAAGACUAUUCAAGCGUUUUUAGGCUGCCCUUGAAUGCAUGAUUUGUACCAUCGUUCGGUCACUGAUCUGCGCGGUAGUUCUAGGCCAACCGGUAAAGUAUAGUGCGGAGUAACAAGAGACGCAGGUAAUGCGGAUGGCGGUUGACCUGGAUCUGCGGCGUAUAUCGUUGCAAUACUACUGCUGCGGCGGCGACGGAUAGAAACUACAGAAGCGAGUAGAACACCAGACAAUCCUUUUCCGCACAGAUACGAUAUUUCCACUCAGCAUGUUUUCGCUGAUACUACUUUUGUUGUUCUGUCAUAUUCCAUUAGUUGCUCCGUGCCCUGAUGUCAUACGUGACAUUUGUCGCUGUCAAGAAGCUUACAAUGGAAUUGAGUUGGAUUGUUCGAAUGCUUCCGAUUUUAAAGCUUUGGAAGUGAUCAAAACUAACCAAGCGCUGAUGGGAUUAAUACAGUUUUUGAGAAUCAAUCAGGCUAGCUGGACUGAAAUUCCACCAAAUUUGUUCUCGGGACUUUAUAUCAAAAAAUUGGAUUUAUCCGGUAACAAUGUUAAAUUUAUUCAUGACCGAGCUUUUGACGGAAUGCACCCAGUACUGGAGGAGCUGUCCCUUAAUGACAACUUCCUUGAAACGGUAAGUGUGCUACCAAAAUUAUAGGGAAUUCAUAUACUUUUCAGGUUCCAUCAGUGGCUCUUUCAAGUCUCACAAAUCUACUUCGAUUGGACCUUUCCAACAAUUCCAUUGUAGAAAUUCAAGAAGCAAGUGUAUUUCCAACACUCAACAAGGUUUUAGAGCUUAAAAUUCAACUAUUUGAAGCGUAUAAAACUUUCAGUUAUACGAUAUAAACUUGGGAAGCAAUGACAUCGCAUUCAUUCACACGAGCACAUUCCAAAAAGUGAAGAAUUCCUUGAAAAUUAUCAAUCUAGGACAUAACAACUUGAGCGCUGUUCCUUCGUCUGGUAAGAUUAUUGGUAAUAUUGUGCAAUUCAACGAGCUGAAACUUUUUAGCUAUUCGUGGUUUAAAACACCUCGAGUCUCUGCAUUUGCACAAAAACCAAAUCAAACAGCUUGAAGCCCUCAACUUUUUAAAUUUGCCAGUACUGAAUCUACUCAACCUCGCAGGGAAUCAAAUUCAGGAAUUGAAUCGACAGGCGUUUUUGAACGUACCUAACUUGAGAUACUUGUAUCUCAGUGGAAACAAAAUUGAGAAACUGUCUUCGUAUCAAUUCCAAACAUUUGAGCAACUUGAGAUGCUUGACUUGACUGAUAACAAAAUCUCAGCAAUCAAAACAAACGAUCUAACUGGACUCAAGCAUCUUAGGCAACUUUAUCUCGGGGACAAUUCUAUCAAAAAAAUAGAACCCAACGCGUUCACUAACAGUUCUAUUGUGAUUCUCGUGCUCUCUGGAAAUAAACUCAAAACGCUGUCAGCUGGAGUUAUUGCUGGUUUAGCCAACCUACAGCAAGUAUCGUUUCGUGGAAAUAAAGUGAGCUCAGAAAAAGCCAAAAUUGUAAAACAACUUGAGUCGUUUCAGAUAGAAACAAUUGAUAGAAAUGCCUUCUACGACGCUCCAUCUUUGGUCAUGCUAGAUAUAGCCCAAAAUCAGUUGACCGAGAUCCCACCCUCCACAUUUAUUGCUCAAUUGAACUUACUGUUUGUGGAUCUGAGUAAUAACAAACUCAAAGCUACUCCAUUCGCAGCUUUCAAUCAAAGAGUUGGAACUGUUAUGUUAAAAGGUAUGUAUUUCAGUUCACAUUAGAAAAUAUUUAAUUUAUUUUUUCCAGAAAACCCAUUGGUUUGUACAGAAGAGAUUCAUAUGCUGCAAGAUGGAAAUUCUAUUAGCAUUAAGGAUAGUCCCGACUUGAUUUGCGGAAAUAAGAUUCCAGUUUUAGAACCCAUUCCCAUUCCGGUUCAAGAAGAGUCUGAAACACGAAAAGGAUUGGUUCAGGCAAGAGUAAAAAAUCAACUUGGUCUGGACAAUUUUUUUUCAGUUGCCAAAACUUCAAAUUCAUCGCAACAAACAACCUUCCGCACAUCUUACUCUAAGCGAAAAUAUCAACACAGAAGACCGACUGUCUUCAAAUACAGUUCAUCAUCGUAUGAUUUUAGGAAGAACCAGUCAUGUUCCAGAAAUACAAACCACUCCUCCACCGAUAAUGCUUCCAGUAAUGCGAAAAAUGGUUUGUUGUUACUAAACACAACUUUUGCAGACUCGUCAAGAUGAGUUGAAUAAAUAUUCCCUGGACAAUGUUGAAACGACCACAGUGGAAAAAAUCGAUAGCAUCAGACCAGACAGAAUACUACCUUUUCCGGUUCCAUUCUUAAAAAAGGGACCAAAGUUGUCCGAAUCAAAAAUAGUACCAACCGCUGACACACUCUCAUCUGAUAACAGCUUCCACACGUUGCCACCAUCCAUUCUGAUCGAGCCAGGAAGUACUCCAAGGUUUAUUUUGAAUUUUUGUAUUUAUUUUAUGAUCCUGUUUUUAGAGCAUCUCAACAAACAAUCGAAGCUCAAGCCGAUCAAGCUAGCCAAGGCGAAAAAAAAAGAAUCAGUGAAUUUUCACUAGAUACAGCUACUGAUGAAAAACAGGUUAUUAUUCUCCAGAAUACUUCUCGAAAAAUUUCUUAAUUUACUCUAAUCAGGUCAAAACCUCAACGUCGCCUCAGAAGUCGAUUCUGUCAACAGUUGUUGUGUUGAUUAGUGGUGGAACUGCGUUUAUUGUCUUUGUGAUUGUUGUUUUUGUAUUAUGCAUUAUAAAUCACAGGUUUGUACAUUUUUUUGUCUAUAUUACUUUAUUUUUCAGGCGACUCCGAUUUGAAAACACAAUGUCAGACGGCGCAACAGAUUGCAACAACCGUACUAAGGAAUAUAUUCUGUCCCAGUACAAUGAUGCAAGACCAGGUCGUUUUGAAGAGACCCCUGCAUGGAUUUACAAUCCAGGGUCUGGCUACUGCAACUACUAUAAGUAA